GAACAAGCGUUUUUUUCUCCGCGUCGGCAAAACGCGCUUUUUCUAGUUUCGAUUAAUUUUAAUUUCUAGUCUCAUUUUAAGCUCAAAUUGAAAAAAUAGUGCUGAAACCUGUUGACUAGGAUUAGUAGAAGUGAUUAAAAGUGUUCUUCAUCGAAAAUUUGUGGUGCUUAUCAUGCUAGAGGCUGCCAAACAGCAGAAAUCCGACAGCGUCAACUCGAACAAUAGCAUCAACAGCAGCAAUCAUGACGAUGAGCAUCAACAGCGCCGUCAAGGUCAGUCAGCAUCACCAAUAUCAGCAACAGCAGCAGUUACUUCGCCAGCUAAUCCAACUUCUUCGCCCGUAGUAGUGCUGGGAGGAAGCACUACCAGUACCAGCUACGAUUUGGCACAGUUUGAGCCAGUGCGUAUUCUAAACAACAACAGCACACACAAGUCCGUUUCGCUGUUGGGACAUUUCGGUAAUCUAUCGCGCGACAAAUUCGCGAUCAUUGUGUUGGAGAAGACGGCCUUCACCGAGGCGCAACUACGAAAUUACUCGGUGGUGACGAAAGCAGCAGUGACCCAGACGGCGACGACGUCGAGUGAAAGUGAAUCGGAAAAUUCAUCCACGACUGCAGAAGUGGUUGUCGCUGCGGAGCGCAGUGUUUUCUCGAGCAAAUCUCACCUCCGGACGGAGUUUAUCAACGAUAUCUACGGGAAUUUCCUGUGCGUAACAGACCCGGAAGUGAACCAGCUUAAGGUGACGAUUAUCUACCCAGCGACCGAGAAGCAUAUUUCGAAAUAUUCGGCCCACGCGAGGUUCCUACUCGAGGAGACGGCCGACGAUUAUCGGAGCGUGACGUUGCCCCACUUGGAGCAGGAACAGCUGAGCUUGGAGUGGUUGUACAACAUCCUCGAGCAUCGCAAGGAAAAGGACCGCAUCGUCUACGAGGACCCUUCGGAUGAAGUUGGCUUCAUCCUGUUGCCGGACUUGAAAUGGGACGGUAAAACCCUUGAACAGUUGUACCUCCUCGCGCUGGUUCGUCCGAAGGGCAUCAAAUCGUUGCGGGAUCUUACCACGGCGCAUUUGCCGUUGCUGCGCAACAUCCGAGAGGGUGGCAUCAAGGCCAUCAAAGAGCGUUACGGAAUCAGCUCCGAUCACCUGAGAAUCUACGUUCAUUAUCAACCGUCGUUCUACCAUUUGCACGUGCAUUUCACCUAUCUGAAGCACGAUCCUCCGGGAAUCCACUGCGAGAAGAGUCACCUGCUGACGACCAUCAUCGAGAAUCUGGAACUUGUGCCGGAUUAUUACCAGAGAGUUACCCUUUCCUGUGUGCUUAGUGAAACUGAUAAACUGUACGCGAAACUGAAGGCAGCUAAGGAGAACGCUGAUGAGGAUCAACCCAAAGUCAAACGUACUAAAAUCGAAUAGGGGCUUCGAACCAGUAGUAAACAAACACCUAGCCGCUAAGAGCAGAUUAUAAUUCAUCGUAUUUAUAGCAGCAUUUCCUAGACAUAACAAAAACAAUCACAAUCAAUCAAUAAAUAAA